CGCCAGCGCGCACAACUCAACAUGCACGGGUCCUUCUCCCGCAUCAAGGACAAGGCGAGGCGGCACCUGGGCGACCCCAGUCCGGAUGAGGCCUAUCUUUCGUACUACGACGUUCGGGUAACACGAGCCGAUCUCGACAGCAUCAAGUCCAAUGACUGGCUUACCGACAAUGCAAUCGCCUUUUGGCAGGAAUAUCUCGAGCGCGAAGAGCUGACGGCCUUCCCCAAAGCCUCCAUUGUCCUUCUCCGCCCCUCCAUGUCAUACAUGCUCAUGCAAUCCGCCGAUCCCCUCUCCCUCAAGGAAGUCCUUCCCGAUUUCAGCCGCACAACACACGUUUUCCUACCCAUAAACGAUAACUGCGAUGUGACCCAAGCAGAGGGCGGAUCGCAUUGGUCUCUUCUGCUUGUCUCCAUAAUCGACGGUGUUUCCUUCCACUAUGACUCCAUGAGUCAGGCAAACGACCGGGAGGCACGAAGCACGACUUCGAAGCUGGAACAGCUGCUAGGAAAGAGGUUGAGAUUCAUACCCAUGAACGACAGUCCCCAACAGGAAAACGGAAGCGACUGUGGCGUGUUUGUAUGCGUCCUGAUGCGACAUUUGCUGCUCAAGCGGCUGCUGAGGGCAGAUGCGAGUACCAAGGUCAGCAUGAGCAUGCGAGAUGCACACAUCAAUGCCAAGGAUGGACGGAAGACGAUGCUCAAAGUGAUUGAGGAUCGGAGGGAUGAAGGGAAGCGGAGACGCUCACAGAGGUAGCCACUCGCCCUUUAGGAACUCGUCUGUGCAUUCCAAGAGCCCGCCACGCAUUGGCGAGGAACAAUCAAAGUCACAGUCACAGGAGCGUUAGGAACAGCCUGAGUUCUGUUAGAGAAGAUUGCACCCACCGCAAGUACCACGUCGCCAACUUCCGUCCAUCACGUCGCACUGGCUGGGACAAGUUUCUUGUUGUGCCAUUGCAGAAACAGCUUUAGCCAUGCUAAGAAAACGCUUUUGAUAUCCGCGAGUCUGAUCGUAUAGGAAUAAAAAAACAAGGGUACGAGGGUGAUGGUGAUGACGAUAAUGCAAGGAAACACGAAUCAUGUUUUACGAAUCGAAGCACUUUAUGUUAGCGAAUGUAUGAGGAGAGAGGCAUUAGCGUGGGAGUUUAAGAUAGCAGAGGCAUAUCGUGCAUUUAUAUAUAUACCUUAUGAAAAAAAAACAAAGCAUCAGCCU